UUUACCUCCCGCCCUCCGCCUCACUGCUCGACAGGAAGUUGGCUUUUAGGCAACAACGGAAACUGAUUUUAUCCCCAGAAAUGGAUUAAAAUAUAAAAGUUCAGCGGUUGUUCCGAAGGUGCAGACUGUUAGCAGUGAGCUAACCGUUCAGAGGAUGUCUACCACGGCGAGGAGCGGAGACAUCAUCCACCUGAACGUCGGAGGGAAGCGGUUCAGCACCUCCCGACAGACGCUGACGUGGGUUCCUGACUCCUUCUUCUCCAGUCUUUUGAGCGGUCGGAUCUCGACUCUGAAGGAUGAAACUGGAGCCAUCUUCAUCGACAGGGACCCCUCCCUGUUCGCCACCAUCCUCAACUUCCUGCGGACCAAAGAGCUGCACCCCCGCUCCAUCAACGUGCACAUGCUCAUGCACGAGGCCGAGUUCUACGGCAUCACGCCGCUCGUGCGGAAGCUGCAGCUGUGUGACGAGCUCGACCGAUCUUCCUGUGGGAACGUGCUGUUCAACGGCUACCUGCCUCCACCAGUGUAUCCGGCGAAGCGCCGCAACCGUCACAGCGUGGCGGGGUCGCAGUUCAUGGCGGGCCGAGCCCUGCCCGCGGAGAGAGCGCCGGUCAGACGCAGCAACACCAUGCCCCCAAACCUGGGGAAUUCUGGGAUACUCGGCAGAGCCAUCGCCGAGGAGAGGACGCCUGGAGGUCAGGUGUCGGACCCCGGCAUGGUUCGGAUCAUCUGUGGUCAUCACAACUGGAUCGCUGUGGCCUACGCACAGUUUGUCGUCUGCUACAGGGUGAAGGAGUCCACUGGGUGGCAGCAGGUCUUCACCUCUCCCCGUCUGGACUGGGUGAUCGACAGAGUCGCUCUCAACGCCAAGGUGAUGGCGGGCUCGCUGGGAGACAACGACAAGAUGGUGGCCGUUGCCUCGGUGACGGAGAUCAUCCUUUGGGCCAUCUGCCCCGACGGCAACGGGAACGAGAUCGGCGUCUUCAGUCUCAACGUGCCGGUGGAGGCGCUCUUCUUCGUUGGUAACCAGCUGAUCGCCACCAGCCACACCGGGAAGGUCGGGGUUUGGAACGCCGUCACCAAACACUGGCAGAACCAGGACGUGGUUCCCAUCAGCAGCUACGACACCGCCGGCUCCUUCCUCAUCCUGGGCUGCAACAACGGAUCCAUCUACUAUAUAGAUGUGCAGAAGUUUCCUCUGAGGAUGAAGGAUAACGACCUGCUGGUGACGGAGCUCUACAGAGACCCGACUGAAGACGCCAUCACUGCCCUCAGCGUCUACCUCACUCCCAAAACCAGUGACAGCGGGAACUGGAUCGAGAUCGCGUACGGGACCAGCUCCGGGACGGUCCGAGUCAUCGUCCAGCACCCGGAGACGGUGGGCUCGGGGCCGCAGCUCUUCCAGACCUUCUCGGUCCACCGCAGCCCCGUCACCAAGAUCAUGCUGUCGGAGAAACACCUGAUCUCAGUCUGCGCCGACAACAACCAUGUCCGGACGUGGACCGUGACCCGGUUCAGAGGGAUGAUCUCCACGCAGCCGGGAUCCACGCCGCUCACCUCCUUCAAGAUCCUCAGCCUGGACGACGUCGACGGACACGGAGGCUGCAGCGCCGGCACGGAGAUCGGUCCGUACGGAGAGAGAGACGACCAGCAGGUGUUCAUCCAGAGAGUCGUACCGGACACCGACAAACUCUACGUGAGGCUGUCGUCCAACGGGAAGAGGGUGUGCGAGGUGCGUUCGGUGGACGGUACCUCCAUCACGGCCUUCAUGGUCCACGAGUGCGAGGGCUCGAGUCGCAUCGGCUCUCGGCCCCGUCGCUACCUGUUCAGCGGCCAUAGCAACGGCAGCAUCCAGAUGUGGGACCUGACGACCGCCAUGGACAUCGCCGGCAAGGUCGACAUCAGAGCACUGGGCGGGCCGACGGAGGAGGAGCUGCUGGAGCUGUUGGACCAGUGUGACCUGGCGCUGACCCGAACACCUGACAGCACGCCACGAGCCUCGACCUGCAGUCUCCACUCUCAGCUCAGUGACGCCUUCAGGACCGAGCGCCUCCACUCUGCGGGAGGAGGGCGAGGACCAGCCGGAGCUUCCGGUUCGUCCGCCUCGCUGUGCGGCAGCCUCCCCCGGCAGGCUCCGCCCCCCGUGCCCCUCACCAAACCUAUCAGAGACUCUGGCCUCUCAGCCGGGCCGCAGUCCCUCGCCAUCCCCGCCUACGGCCACAACUCCAGCUCCAACCAGACCGCCAGCCCCCGGCCCGCCAGACACCUGGAGCGAGAGUGGGGGUCGGUCCGCAGGGGGAGCUUCGUGGAGCGCUGCCAGGAGCUCGCUAAGGGUUCGGAGGCAGCAGCGGGCUCAGGGUUCGGGGUCCCGGCGGGGUCGGAGGGCGUCAGGCGGAGCUUGGCGGUGUGCAGCGAGCUAGAGGCCAGAUUCGGUCUCAGGACCCCGACCACCUUCUCUGUGUCGCCCGGUGCACGCCAUUCCCCGGGAACACCUUCAUCGCUGUCCUCAUCGCCAUUAUCCUCGUCACACCGCAGGGCCACGCCCACCUCUCCGACAAGCCCCGCCCCUUCUCCGGCCCCAGCCGUGAGCCCGACACGAUCUCAGGCGCCCGUCUCGCCUCGCCGCAGUGCCACAGCGUCUCCUGCUGAUGACUCAGCUUCCCCCGAGAGCCCAGCGAGUCCUGACAGUGCCGCCGCCGCCGCCGCCGCCGCCGCCGCCGCCGGCCCGUCCACCAGCCCCAAACCACACAUGAACGAAACCAGCUUCUGAUUGGCUGCUCAGACAUUCAGAAGGAAGCCAAUCAGCAGUCGGUAGAGUUCUGUCGCCAUAGUUACCGCGUGCUGGCUGCUUCCUGGCGGCGGCGGACUAACCUCAAACAGCUGCUUUAUUAAAUCUGCACUGAUCAAUAUUUCUGCAUUAUCAAUGAAUCCAAUGACUCACUCGUAGCUCGACCAUCCGCUAAGCCCCGCCCCCCUUAGUUACCGUUGCUACCCGUCAGUCUCUCUGUUUACAACGAAACAACGGGUCCAAGAUCUCAGAUCUGUUUGUCGCCACGGAAACUGUCACGGUAACUGAGGUGGGCGGAGUUUAGCAAAAUACUUUUAGCCUCUUUGUAGCUAAAACAGCGACGCUCCGACAUCGGUAUCGUACCACCGUGCUACGCUAAUGUUGUAAAGACUACCACAUUGUGAAGAUGGUAAGUUAGUUAAUUAACUAACUAAAGAUUUAUGUAAGCUCGUUAGUUAGUUAGUUAGUAACUCACUAGUUAUAAUAAAAGUAACAUAUUAUAGUCACGGCUUAGGUUAGCUGACUAGCUACGAUAAAGUCGACGUACUAUUUAUAUUAUCUAAAGUUCAAACACUAAACAUAUAAAAUAUAUAAAGUCUCUUUUAAUCGUCUUCUUAAUGUGGUUUUCUUUUCAACAUAGAUUAGCUUAGCAUAUAGCAUAUCUAAGUGAAGGAAAGGGGGCGGGGCUUAGAUCCAGAUGUUCAGUUUAUAACCGACAGAGAAGAAACGUUCGAGUUCCUGUUAGCAGGUGAAUCUUUUCUACCUGAAGCAGUUUGUAUGGAAACUUUAUUUUUAUAAUUUGUAUGUUUGAAUUCUGGCUGUAAGUUCACACUGUGAUGAACGAGCCGAGCCUGAACGUCUCACCGCCGCAGCCAAUCAGGUGUCAGCUUUUGUUCUUUCCAUCAACGCUUUCAAAUUAAAGUAAAAAAAAAAACAACCUGAACCUUCAGGAACAGUUUAAUUUACUAAUAAUUACCUGGAAAGAAGUUUGUUUUAUGGAACUAAUUACAGAGUAAAUAUAAGUUUUAUUAUUGAAAACUUUAACUUUAUAUAUUUGUGUAAUUGUCUGACUUUAAGAUCUAUGCAAUUAAUAGAUACGUAUUUUAAUAUUUCCAUUUUCUGCUUCUAGACAGAAACAUUUUACUACGUUUAUCUGACUGGUUGUAAUUAUACAAUUUACCCAGCAGUUAAAGGUGAUCAACACAUUAAUGCAUCAAUAAUUAUAAUCCAAUAAUAUUUACAUUCAUCUGCAUAAUGGCUAUUUUUAGUACUUUAAGUAUAUUUUCUUAUACUUUUGUACUUUUAAGUAAAAUCUUUUUAGUAUUUAUACAGUUUUAUUGUAACAUUUAAGUAAAAUAUCUUAUUUAUCUGGUUCAGGUGGCAUUAAUUUAAUUUAUAAUACUAUAGAUUAUUCUUACAUUUAGCAGGAAAGUGCUGAAAUAAAUGUGAUAUUAUUAUAAUAAUAAUAAUAAUAAUAAUUAAUAAUAAUAAAAAAUAUAUAAAUACUUUCUACCUUUUUAAUAUGCUGAAACGAUUAUUAAUCAGAUACUCGUUCUUUCCAGGAAACUUCUGAGGUAAUUAUUGGGAAAUUAAUAAGAAAUUACGGAUCAAUAAAAUGAAGCGUUGAUGUUACAGGAAGCUUUUACAGCAACUUCCUGCUUUAUUUUGAUGUACUUCCUGUCGUCCCCCUGAACUUCCUGUGAGUUCACUGUGGGUUUUAUUUAUGUGACGUCGACCACUGGAGCCUCCUGCUGUUGUCUCGUUGCUGUGAGGAAAUAAUUCACGUUUUCUUUGUAUUUCAAAACCUUCAGUUUGUGUUUUUAAUGUCUGUGAACGUUCGGAGCCGCAAAUCAGCAUUUCUUAUUCUACUGAAAUAAAAACAGACAGAAACUAAAGAGUUAUUUUUAUUUCAGGGCCGCAGCUAAUAGUAGUUUCAUUAUUGAUUAAUCCGACUGUUAUUUACUUUAUAAAAGUACAAAAAACACAAAGAAAUUAAUUUUACUUUGAUAUAAAACAGAGAAGCUGAAAAAAAAUAUUAUUUUAGUAUUUUAAUAUCAAAACAGUGUUUGAUAUUAAAUUAUUAAAUAAAAAAGACUUAAUGGAUUAAAUAAUUAUAAAUUGUGUGAAAAAUUAAACCAAGAAAAAAAACUAUGAAAUGUUUUAAUUUGUUUAGUGGAAAUGUAUUUAAAUAACACUUUAUUAUUUAUAUCCUAUAAAACUGCUGAUUGGACCUUUUUCACCAGAAUUGAUUAACGAUUAAUGAAUUAUCAACUUGAAUGAAUUGUUAUUUAUUUAUUUAAAUAUCAAAAAACAGUUGAUUGUUUGAUGCUUUUCUCUGAUUUAUAUAAUUUUAAACAGAAUAUAUUUAUUUGUUUUGGGACAUUUAAUAAAAUAAACCAUUGAUUAAUUAAUUUGGUAAAGAAAUAUUUAGUUGCAGCUCUAAAAGCAUCUUUAGUUUCACUAUUUUAAAACAUUUUAUAGAUUCGAUUGAUAAAUAAAAAACUAUCUUGAGAACAAUUAAUAAUGUAAUUGUUAAUUUUUAUUACAUUUCAGAAUUUUUCUCUUGUAAUUAAAAUAUAACGUUUCUCUCAUUGAAUGUCCAUGUUUCCUAUGACCUGUGAAUGCAGCAUUGCGGCUCUGAACUUUUCCUGUUUGUUUGUUUUUACAAAUGUUUUAACUUUAUUGUUAAAUCCAGUUUUAUGUAAACAGCUCGUAGUGAAUGUAGAAACUGUUGUUAUGGCUGAACUCAGGUCGGCACUGAGGAGGUUUUUUUUAAUAUUUCUUUCACAUUGUUUGUGUAACAGAUUUUUUAACAAUCUUUGUAUGAAAAAAUAAAAUAAUUGACUCAUUGAA